UACAAACAUGUGGCACAACCUAGGCAACUUCAGUCUUGGCAGCCUAAAUGAAAUAACAGAACAGCUUGCAGUCUUUCUGGGCUCUGUGUCACCAUUCAAGAAUGAGUCCACCCAGACUGUCACAGAAUCCAUAGGCGUUCUGGUCCAGAUCCUUUCCGGGAGUGCUGACCAGCUGACCUUUGACAAGUUAGAGAAGAUGUUGGCUGCUCUGUUUUCAACCUUCAAAGGUACUCCUAUGUGGGAUUCUUUGCCGUCUGUCGUGUCCACAAUUCAACAAGCCGUUGUCAGCAGUGCUAACAACUUGCAGGCACAAACAGAGCUCCUCCACGGCCUCCAGCAGCCAUUGUCCAACCUGUUGUCAGACAUUUUUCAUGUUAUGAACACAAGUGGUUUCACUGCUCAGUCCUUUAUUGGUGGAUUGCCACAGGCCCUUGUGUCAACUGUAGAAGCUGCUUUGCAGGCUGGUUUGGAGGGUCAGAGCCCGAACUGCAGCUACAUACAGCAGAUAUGGCACGAUGUCAGAGCUGAUACUGGAAUAAGUGAAGACACUGUUGCUUUGUGGUGUAACAUCAGCCUAGUGCCAGUCAUAGCAGCUUACAAUAAACCAGCUCCAGCCUUUAAUACGACGGGAAUGGAGAUGAACCCUCUAUGGAUAAAUGCCACUGCAGGAAUGAUGGCCGAGUCACUGGAGACUUUCUAUGGGGCGAUCCUAAACAGUACCUUUGCUAGCAGUCACCUUUCAGAGGUCUUAUUGCAUUACACUUCAAUGCUAUACAACCUCUCUGUGCUAGAAAUAACAAACCAGGCUGACUGGAAUGUCCAGCUCCUCCAGAUGCAGCUGAGCCAAAGCCUCUCCUCAGUUCAAAUGGCUCUGGAUCAAAUUAAGACAGAAGCUCCCUGGAUGACGCCAUACAUCGAGGCACUUGGAAAAACAAUAGAGGUCAUCCUACAGAAUGGCAAUCUCCUCCAGGACUCAACUGUAAGCCCUCAGAUCAUCAUGCAAGCUCUGGAGGUCAUGCUUACAGGAAUGAACUUUACAGAGGAAACCAUUAACUACAUCCUGAAUGGAGACAUAUUUAUGAACCCCAAUGGAAGCACAGUUGACAGUUUAAUAAAAGAGGUUAUCCAGCAAAUCAUUGGUACGGGAUUGCUGGGCGACUGGCCCACCCUUUAUGGAGUAAUGCAGCAAGUUCUGUAUUUGGAAGAUACAAGUGGCACCCUAUGGAAAACUGUUGAUUUUUUCAACUGGCUGUACACUACUCAAGAUACUGGACUAAAUUUUGUCUUGGAGAUCCUGCGCAAGCUGUACGAUAUAGUAAGAGAUGCCCUUACCAAGAUGCCACUGCCGUGUCUCUCAAAAACCUUUAUCGACCUUUCAGGGAAUGUUUUGUCCAUGCUGAAACAGAUCAAACUAACCAGUGACCUCUUCGACCCUGUGGAACAAUAUCUAAGUCCACUCAAAAUGCAAAUUGCUCAGGGACAGAACCUACCAAGUCUUGUGUCCCAGACAAAAAAUGCCAGAAGAAUUGCUAGCGAUGUACAGAGAGAGCCAGUGGAUGACUUCCUUGACCUUCUUGACAUCGACUACCAAGCCCUGCUUGAAGUUCUAUCCAUUCCACCAACCUCGACUGAAAUUCUGGAGACUAUUCAUGUUUUCUUUGCAAAUCCAGACUUGGGUGUCCUACUGAAGGGUUAUUUGAGUGAAAUGACAAGUCAGGAGGAAACCAUUGACACAGCUCUGAACGUGCUGUCCUACUUGACACUCCCUAGCAAUGGACAGAAGUUCCUGGAGAUGUUCAUGGACAUCAGUAGUGAUGGGUGGAGUUUGCAGGACCUUGAUAAAGUAGAGAAAUUUGCAGAGAGCAUAGGAAGAACAAUUGACGUGGCCAUGGUGUUAUCCGACCAGCCACCUCUGAACAUUGCGCAAAGAGUCGAGAACAUGGCCCAACAACUUCAAGCUUUGGUGUCAAAUAUCAUCUUGCAGGGUGGAAAUGGGACAGACAUUGCAAUUCAAUUCCUCAUGGCGCUCAACGAGAACUUCAAGGACAUCAGCCCUCAGGUCACUGGCAUUCUCCAAAACAUAAUUGGCUCGUUUUCCAGUCCAGGGUCGCCGAUGAGCGUAGAGUCCUAUUUAGCAGCUGUAAAUCAAACCGCAGAAGCCUUCGACUCACUUCCCUCUGGAGAGAUAGCUGUAUAUUUUAACAUAUCUGGACAAAUGCUGCAAGCCUUUGCAUUGCUCGAGGCAUAUCCCGGAGACAUAGAAAAAGUCAUGAUGUCCACCAGCAUGAUUUCAAACUCCCUAAACCAUGUCCUUGCCCUCUCAAAUAUCACAGCUCUUCCGAAUGGACAGACUGUUCAAGAGGUCACCCAUCCCGUCAUCCUUAGCAGUGCCAUGGCCACCCACAUCCUAUUCAACCUCUCCAUGUCAAACUAUAGCCUAAGCAGUGCUGCUGAGACGGAGAUGCUUUUGACCCAGACGUUCAAUCACAUGGUUGUUGUUCUCCCCAAGGAAACGCACAUGUACCUCUUUGCUAUCAAAUCGGCUCUAUUCAGUGCCCUCUCGAAAGUAUCCAACACUGCAGAAAUCACAUCCCACUUCCCAGAAAUCUCCCAGCUGGUUACACAGUCUCUUCUUAACUCUCUAAACAUUACUUAUGAUCCGACAUCUAUGCAUAUGACUCCAGAUGGCCUUGUUUACAUCUUGAUGACCGUGUCUAAUCAAGUGUCCAUGAGUCUCUACGAGGGCCUUAUGUUAUCCGGUUCCCCUAUCCAAAUCUCACAAGCAUUGAACUCUUUAAGUGAGGUUGCAUCUUCCAUAUACUCGAUAAUGCCUGUUGAGGGACGGCCAUACAUCAAUAUCACACUCAACCUAAUGGAGACAAUGUCUUUUGUUCUUAAUGGCACCAGCACCUUUAGGGAUGUCAGUGGGGCUGUAUCUCAAGCAGCCAGUUCUGUCAACAAACUUCACAACAUGAACUCAAAUUCCUCCAGCACCAUUAUAAGUGACCUAGAGCAGACCCUUAAGACAAUCCUAGUGAUCAUCCAAGAAGACCAAAACCCUUUCACCCAAACAGCUGUUAUUACCCAGCAGCUGUUGCACACCAUCCAAAAUCUCAUCUUGCUGGGCAAUAGCAGCAAUGUGGAGUCUGAACUCGCCAAAAUAGCGCUGGGGGCUUCUAGCAUGAAUAUCGACCAUCUGGUGGGGAUGAAUGACACUAACUGGACUGACAAACUUCCUGUGCUGUUGACAAACCUCGAAAAUAGCCUUCCAGAAGACCUGCCAUAUUCUUCUCAUAUUAAGUCCAUCAUAAGAAGCCUGGCCAACGAAUCCCAAGAAAAUCUGCAUCUUCUACAGCAAGUGCUAAACACCGCCUUUGAAUUAGGCUCAGCCGGCUGGACAAAUGAGAGUUCGGGCACGACACUGGACCACCUGUUAACUAAGGUGUGUGCUCUGGAAAACAUGGCUGCUGUGCAGCUGAUCACCCAGGUUCUGCCUCUGGGACCCAGAGUGCUAUGCGACACUGUUGUUCCCGCAGUUCAGGCCUUCUAUAUGCUCACAACCAACCUGGUGAACCAAAGCACCGACAUCAAUGAUCUGAUUUUCCAGACUUUCAUUGGAGACCCUAACACUUACAACACUGGAGUGGACUGGACAUCAACUCUCUCUCAAGUUGUGGGCUUCGACAUCUCAACUCUGAAAAGUCUUAAUAUCAAUAUGUCAUCUCCAGCUGGAGUGAAAGUUUCAGAGCUGCUGAAAAACACCACUCUGUUUGUUCAGGAUGUCGAGCGGUAUACCAGCUUCCCCCCUCACAUUCUUCAGGCUCUAUUAGAUUACCCUCUACCCAGCAGCAACAUGCAGAGCUUGGUGUGGCUGGCAAACCUACAGCAUUGCUCGGACCCCUCGUCUCUGCAACUGGACCCUGCAGGGCAGGAGAUCUUCAGCACCUUCUGUGAACGGUCACAUGACUGGUACAGCAUCACGGUCCUCUUUCUUCGCCAUGUGGACAUGAAGGCGGCUUUAUUCAGGCUGGUGUUGUCCAAAGAAAUUCAGGAUUUGGUGGCAGUCAUGCUAGAGAUGGUCAAGUUUUUGACGGACAUGAUGCACAAACUGGUACCUGCCAUUAACAAACUACAGGGAUACCUAACAAACAUUGGAGAGCUAAACCUGGUGGCCAACCAAGAGUUCCACAGUCUGGUGAGGGGAAAGCGGUCCACCAUUUCUAGCAGGGCCACGUUUAGUACCAUUGCUCGUGCCUUAUGCAAAAACGGCAUCCUGACGCUGUUCGCCAUUGGAAAAGUUCCUAUUAUCACCGAGACUGAUCCUUCUGUCCAGACGGAUCACAAAAAAGAAGAGCUGAUUAAGAAGUUCAAAAUCCCACCCGAUGCUAGUCCCUUCUGUAUGAACCUCUACUUGGAUAUGGUGAACACUACAGGCGGCGCGGUGGCCUGGGCCUUCCUCAAACCCAUGCUGUUAGGACAGGUCCUGUACUCACCUGACACACCAGUGACGAGAGAGAUCAUGAGAAAGUCAAAUUCUACUCUGCACCAGUUUGGUGAUCUAAAGCUUUAUGCGUCCGAGUGGAUAGAGUCAUCGUCAUAUGUGAUGCAGUCUGCCACCAUCCUGACAAAAACCUUGCCAAUACUUCAGAAUUCUCUGCGCAAUCCUUUCGUCCAAAACUUCAUUAAGACUCAGACCGGCAUUGAUGUUGCACAAAUGAGCACAACUCUCAACCAGUUCUCAAACAUGACAGUCCUUUUAGAGGAAAACAAGUUUAUCAUGGAGCAGAUCACCACGCUUUCCAUGCUGAUGAUGAACCUUUCCUCCUGUGUCAACUUCGACCGCUACCGAGCCUUCAACUCCACUGAUGAACUCAACGAGCAGGCGGAGAAACUGGCUCAAAACCGUGAACUCUACGCCAGCAUUAUUUUCAAACUUCCUGAGGAGACCUCCAGUAGCCUGCCCCAGAACAUCGACUACACCAUCCGAAUGAACAUCGAGAAUGUCAUGCGCACAGACCGAGUACGGAAUCCCUUCUGGGUGAAAGAUGCCUUCGUGUCAACAACGAAGACCCAGCGGUACAACCGAGGCUUCGUGUAUCUGCAGGAGAGCAUCGACAGAGCCAUCAUCGAAAUGCAGACGGGUAAAGCCAUUGAUGGGCCCGCGGUCCAGUUGCAAGCGUUCCCGUAUCCCUGCUACUACAAGGAUGACUACCUCAACAGCAUCGCUUUUGCCUUCCCGAUGGCUCUCAUGAUUUCCUGGGUGCUGUUUGUCGCCCACUUUGUGAAAAAACUCGUCCACGAGAGAGAGCUGCGACUUCACGAGUACAUGAAAAUGAUGGGGGUCAAUCCCAUCAGCCACUUCUUUGCCUGGUUAAUUGAAAGUGCUGUGUUCCUGCUGGCGACCGUCAUCAUCCUCACCAUCAUUUUGAAAUCUGGCGGCAUCCUUCCUCGCAGCAAUGCCUUCGUGCUCUUCCUCUACCUUUGCGACUAUGGCUUCAGCGUCCUUGCAAUCAGCUUCCUGGUCAGCUCCUUCUUCGAUAAGACCAACAUCGCCGGGCUGAGCGGCAGCCUUAUCUAUGUCAUCUGUUUCUUCCCCUUCAUCGUGCUGAUCCACUUGGAGGACAAUCUUUCCUUCAGUGUGAAGAGUGCUUUGAGUCUCUUUUCUCCGACAUGCUUCAGUUAUGCCAGCCAGUAUAUUUCCCGCUAUGAAAAACAGGAAGAAGGCAUCCAGUGGAGCAACAUCUAUAUCUCUCCUCUGGCUGGUGACACUUCCUCCUUCGGUUGGCUCUGCUGGCUGCUCCUCAUUGACUCAGUAGUAUACUUUAUCAUUGGGAUUUACAUCCGCAUGGUCUUCCCAGGAAAGUAUGGCAUUGCUGUUCCGUGGUACUUCCCAGUGAGUCGGUCCUUCUGGACAGAUAUGUUCAGCUGCUGUAGCAGAAUGCCAAAGAAAAUAGGCAGAGGGUUGCUCUUUACUAACAUGAUGCACGAACAAAAAAACACUGACAAGAGCAAAGGUAAAAGUAGCUUGGCGGGUAAUGGAGAAGAAGACUUCUCAGGAUUGCCUGUUGGAGUCUCACUUUAUGGCCUGACGAAGACCUACAGCAACCGGCAUGCUGUAGACAAUCUGAACCUUUCUUUCUAUGAGGGACAUGUCACAUCUCUGCUGGGUCACAAUGGAGCUGGAAAAACCACCACUAUGUCACUCCUGACAGGACUGUUUUCACCGACCAGCGGCACCAUUGAGGUGUAUGGGAUGGAUAUGCAGACGUCUAUAGAUGAUGUGCGUAAGGAGAUGGGCGUGUGCAUGCAGUAUGAUGUCCUGUUUGACCACCUUACCACAAAGGAACACCUGCUGCUAUACGCUCAGAUCAAAGCUCCCCACUUGACCAAACAGGAAGUGAACGAACAAGUACAAAAAAUCCUAAUGGAAACAGACAUGCACGCCCAUCGCCACAAGCGUGUCGGCACCCUGUCAGGAGGUAUGAAGAGGAAGCUAUCCAUCUCCAUUGCCUUCAUUGGAGGCUCACGGCUGGUGGUGCUAGACGAGCCGACCACCGGGGUGGAUCCCUGUUCCCGACGCAGCAUCUGGGACAUUGUCCUUCAACACAAGCAAGAGCGUACCAUCAUCCUUUCCACCCAUCACCUGGAUGAGGCUGAAGUUCUCAGUGACCGCAUCGCCUUCCUGGAGCGCGGAGGCCUUAAAUGCUGUGGUUCGCCCUUCUACCUCAAAGACAAGCUGGCUAAGGGCUACAACCUCACCCUCACAAGAAAGGUUCAGUCUCCUGAUUCAAACCAAAAGUUUAACAUUGAAGAACUAAGGGCUUUCAUUCAGUCGUACCUGCCUGACGCUCGGCAGAAGGAGGGAGAGGUGGGCGAUUUGGUCUAUGUCCUCCCACCAUACACCCCCCAGAAUGCAGCUGCGUACCACUCUCUGCUCACCAGUCUGGAUCAGAAUCUUGAUAAGCUUCAGCUGGGCUGCUAUGGCAUUUCCGACACCACCCUGGAAGAGGUGUUCCUGCAGUUGACUCGAGACGACUUGGAGCCCAAAGAAAGUGACACCUGGUCUGUAUCAGAGUCUGUGAUAGCCAAUGACAUGUUUGCCUCAAGAGACAGCAUUCCUGACGAACUCAACAACGCGUACCUUGGAGAGAAAGCCAGCCUCACUGGGACCUCAGUUGUGCGUGGGUUCACUCUGACUGCGCAGCGGGCGAUGGCCAUGCUGCUGAAACGCGUGCAUCACUCCAGGAGGGACUGGAAGGGGCUGUUCUCCCAGGUGUUGUUGCCUGUACUCUUUGUAAUUGCUGCCAUGGGCCUGGGCUCCAUCAAGAAUGAUCUUCAGCACUUUCCCAAGAUUGUGCUUUCUCCUGCUCUGUACCAUGUUGAUGAACAGUAUAGCUUCUUCAGCAAUCAGAAUCCCACCGCCAGCAGUCUUGUAGAUUCCAUGAUGUCUUAUCCAGGCAUUGACCACGUCUGCAUGAGAGACCCCACAGAUUCGCUUUGCAAAGAGAGACCUACCGCAGGAAGUGAGACCUGGAUCUCCAGAGGCAACAGCUCUGCUACAUAUACCACCUGCAAGUGUAGCAACCAAGUGCAGUCAUGUCCUGCAUCCGAUUACGAACCACCUCACAAAAGAAAUCCAUCAUCCCAGAUUGUUUACAACCUGACAGGCAUCAACACAGAGAACUACCUGCUGGCCACUGCCAAUGACUUCAUCAGGAUCAGAUAUGGAGGCUGGGACUUCGGAAAGCCUCUUCCCUUUGAUCUUAAGAUGGACAUGUUAGAUGUGCCAGAGAACAGAACCCUUAGUAAGGUUUGGUAUAAUCCAGAAGGUCACCACACCAUGCCUGCCUACCUCAACAGCCUUAACAACUUUAUUCUGAGAUCCAAUCUGCCAAAAGAGAAACGGCAACAAUAUGCCAUCUCCAUAUCCAGCCACCCUUACCCUGGCCAAGUGCAAGACGAGGAUGUCAUGGUGAGCGGUUUGGUCAGCAUCCUGGUUGCUCUCUGUGUGCUCACUGGCUACUCCAUCAUGACGGCCAGCUUUGUCAUCUAUGAGGUUCAGGAACAUCACACGGGCUCCAAAAGACUCCAACAGAUCUCUGGCAUCAGCGAACCUUUCUACUGGAUCAUCAACUUCUUCUAUGAUAUGGCUCUUUAUAUGGUUCCCGUGCUCCUCUCGGUGGCGAUGAUAGCAGCGUUCCAGCUCUCAGCAUUCACAGACAGGCAGAACCUCGGCGCGGUCACACUUCUACUGGUGCUAUUUGGCUUCUCCACCUUCCCUUGGAUGUAUCUUCUGUCUGCGGUUUUCAAGGAUACAGAAAUGGCCUUUAUCGGUUAUGUUUGCAUCAAUCUCUUCAUCAGUGUCAACACCAUCAUCUCCACAUCCAUUAUUUACUUCCUGGGUCAGCUCAACCAGAAUGACCAGAGCAUCCUGGAUGUGUACCAUACCAUGAGCAACAUAUUCCUAGUCUUCCCUCAGUUCAGCUUUGGCAAUGGUUUGAUGGAGUUGGCAAGGGUUGACAUGCAGGUGCAGAUCCUGAGUGCUUUCGGAGUGGAUGCCUACAAGAACCCGUUCAGCAUGGAUGUUCUGGGCUGGAUGUACAUCUCCAUGUUCCUGCAGGGCUUCAUCUGCUUCACACUUCGCCUGCUACUUAACAAGACGCUCAUUCGCAAAGUCAGAUGGUUAUUCUGCUGGAAGAAGAACGUUGUUCAGAACUAUAGCCCCAAUGAAGAUGAAGAUGUGGUGGCUGAACGUCUGCGUAUGGACCGUGGCGAUGCACAUGCAGAUAUUCUGCAGGUUAAGCAUCUGACUAAGGUGUAUCAAAACCUAAACAAGAGGGUCCAGGCGGUGAAGAAGCUGUCUGUCGGCAUCCCAGCUGGAGAGUGCUUUGGAUUGCUGGGAGUCAAUGGUGCAGGAAAGACCACUACCUUCAAGAUGCUGACAGGAGACAUUAGCCCUACUGACGGCUCGGCCAAGAUUCGUGACAUUGACGGGAGAAUGGUUGACAUCAUAGACUGCAGGAGAGAGGGCAUAAACAUUGGUUACUGCCCCCAGGUGGACGCACUGGAUGACCUCCUGACUGGAGAAGAACAUCUCUAUUUUUACGCCCGCAUCAGGGGCAUCUCCAAGAGGGAGACUGACCGGGUUGUGAACUAUCUGUUGAAAAAGUUGGAGUUGAAUUACCAUAGACACAACACAAGUGAGAGCUACAGUUGUGGAACACGCCGGAAGCUGUCGACAGCCUUGGCCCUGAUCGGAAACCCUCAGAUCCUUCUCCUGGAUGAACCCAGCUCUGGAAUGGACCCACGUUCCAAACGUCACCUUUGGAAGAUCAUCUCUGAGCAAGUGAUGGGCAAAUGUGCUGUUGUCCUAACAUCACACAGCAUGGAGGAGUGUGAGGCCCUUUGCACCCGUCUGGCUAUAAUGGUAAAAGGACAGUUCAGAUGUCUCGGUUCCUUACAGCACAUCAAAAACAGGUUUGGUAAAGGAUUCACGGUGAAGAUGCACUUAGCUGGAGCCUCCUGCGAUGUAGAUAUGAUCAGUAACUUCAUGCAGCAGAAUUUCCCCAGCAUGUGCCUGAAGGAUCAUCACUCAAAUAUGGUGGAGUACCAUGUGCCUGUUGCUCCUGGUGGUGUGGGUUCAAUCUUUGGUCUGUUGGAGUCCAACAAGGCUGUACUGCAAAUCAAACACUUCUCAGUCAGCCAGACCACUCUGGAUGAGGUUUUCAUUAACUUUGCCAUGGGGAAGACGGACACAGACGAACAGGAAGUCACUCAAGGAAUGGACACUGACAGUCUAGACUCGUACAAUGCGUUGGACUAAUGGAAUACUUGGACAUUAUAGCAUUAAAAUAACCUAAAGAAAAGAAAAGAAAAAAAAAAGAUGUUAAUUUAAUACAUAGGAAAUAUUUUAUAGGCUAUAUCAUAUGUUGGUGUUGUGAUUAUUUCAAUGAAAGACAAAAAACAAAUAUUUUUUUAUAGAAUAAUGAAGUCGCCAAAUACCUUACGGAUAAUUAUUGUGGAUUUAUAUGAAUGAUUAUGUGUUAAUUAACUCUUUCUGCUCUUCCAAACAUGGGUUCAAAUUUUGCUCAACUUUGGAGGAACUUCAUAUGGAAGUUUGAUGCUAUUUGUAUCACCUUAAAAGGGUUAAUAUGCAGAAAGUCUAUAUUAGUUUACAUAGUUCAGUGCAAUACAUUAGUCUUUCGUUUGUCAUCAAACAACUCUGCUGCUUAUCAAAGAAAAUCAAGUCAUUUAUUAACUAAAUUGUUUGAAAUUUUAUUAGCUCUUCCAUAUACAUUAAUCAAAACAUGAAUUACUGACACAAACAACCAGCAAUGUGUUCCUUAAUACAGAAUUAAAUAUGUAUUUAGAGUGAAUAGCACUCUUGCAGCUCUUGUCUGGGGUUGAUAUAAAUCACAAAGACCUUUUUGGCUCCAAGAAAUAAAUGAUUCUUCAAUGUCUGCACAUCUUCACUCUCAUUAAUAUUUUCUCGGAAGGCACAUCUCUUGUUCAAGAAUGUACUAAAUAUUUCAUCGGCCCUUUCCUCUGUCUGCUUCAAGGCACGGUUCCUCUUUUAAAAAUGUACCAAGCUUAUUUUUACAUUAAUGCUAUUUUUCACAUGCAGUUGUUAAGCG